UCAUCGUCUGGUCUCCAUUGUACCGAACAACUUGAAGGGCAAACGCCGGAGGGUGGGUAUAGCGGAAACGGGGCGGCAGGGGAAGUACUACAAGUCAGGCUGAUUUGUCAUCCGCUGGUUACGAUGGUACCGGACAUUCGGUGGUGCCUCCAACUGAUCAGUCAAGCCAAGGCCUUUGCCACUCUCUUGAACGCCAACGCAAAGCUUAGCACCCUGGGGGGAGGCUACUUCCUCACCCGGCAGGUCGGACAGGCGAUACGUCUAGCCCUUGCCCAAUCAGAGGUAGCGACAGCACUCGGGGAUUUGCAACUCGCCGGGAAAUGCCGUGUCAAUGUGGCCUACAACUGCAUCUGGCUGGGGCAGUACGAUGAGGCACAACGUAUCAUCCACGCGCAGGUGGCUGCGUCCCGCGUCAUCCAAGACGAGGAGCUAGAGAAUAUUGCUUCCAUCGCCGGUCGCUUCUUGAAAAGGUCAAGGAGGGCCAACCACCGCUUGUUGCAAAGCCAGCUUGAUGCCGCCAGUGGGGGAGGCAGUCGUGGCGAUGAGGGUGCGAAGAGCGGUGUUGGCCAGGGAUGGGUCCGGCAAAGAAUAGACGUAAGGACAGAUGAGUGGCACCGUGUGCGUGCCCUGCCACUGUACUGCAGUAGCGGUCGAGCCACCCCCGUGGGUUUGUGAGGCGAGGCAAAUCGAGGUCAACAGGGUGUCGCCUUUGUGUGU